AUGUCGCACGUGCCAACCACGGCGAUCCGCAAAAGCCAAGUCAACAUGGCGCUGCAAGACGUCGCCGAGAGCCUGAACCUUAACGGACUCCUACGGCAAGAAGCUGAGGCGAUACACGACCACUUUUCGCAAACCGUCCUCGCCAACAGCCUCGUUCACUGGUCUCCCGAUGAGCCGUCCGUCAUGGUGCUCCUUCCGAUUUCGGGCCGCUCUUUCCCCAUCGGGAACCCUGCCACCUCACCACCGACUACCUCUGAAGAACAACAGCCGUCCUUCUUCCUAUUGCGCUUUGACCUCGACCUCACCGCCGCCGACGAUAACAGCGCUCAGACCAUCUCCCUCAACCAGCACGCCCUGAACCCGCACGCGACUCCCGCGACAUCACGCAUCUCCGCCCUCCACAUCCCCACCAACACUCACCUCAAUGCCUCCGACCUCUGGUCCCUCUCCGACCACCACGCCCGACAUGACCAGGGCCUCCGCUACAACCUGGCCGUACAAACCACCAUCUCGCCUUCCCCAGCCGACACCACCGCCCUCUCCAUAACCGUCGACGUUGUCGCCGCCGCACAGCAGCAGUCCAUCGACAAAAGCUCCUUCUGCGCUCGCAGCUGGCUCCUCCCCUACCUCCUGCCCCGCCGCGUCUGCCCCUCCCGGCAAACUCGCUCGCCCCUCCUGCUGCUGAACGCAGAUCCAGCGCAGCGCGUGGUCCAAGUCGAUGCCGUGCUUGCGGGUGGCCAUGGGGAGCGGUUCGGCGGCGGAUGGAUAGAAGAGGUGCGGUUGAUGGAGCGGCGGGCGGUGUGGGACGAUGGGGAGGGGUGGAGGGGGCCUCCAGCUGUGGAUGUUGCGGGGUUGCUGGCGCUGGAAGAGGGGACGGGAAGGCGCUGUGGGGAGGUGGGACGGGAGGGAUUGGAAGGAGUGUUGUUUGAUGCGGUGCUUGUGCUGGUUGUGUUUGGGUUCGUGGUUAUGGGGAGGUGGAUGCGGAAGAAGGGUUGGAAUGAGGCUGCUGGGCAGCGGAUGUCGUGCAUGCUGGACGAGAAGCGGAUAAGAGGUGGUGAUGAGGAGAGAGGGCUGCAUCGGGAUGAGAAAAGUGGGCAGAUGUAA